AUGCCGAACAUCCAGGGCUUCAGCACGCUGCGCGCGCGGUCGUACGCCUUCCGGCUACCGCUCUUCACCCGCGCCAUGGUUCUCAUCAUCGUCCUUCUCUGGAUCGUGGGGAUACAGUCCGUCUGGAACCUGCGGCAGUGGGGCGCAUUGAUCCCAGACCAGAUCUCGUUCACGACCGCAUACAGGAUCAACACGUUCCCGCUCAUACAUCUCAACUUCUUCCACACUUUGUUCAAUAUACUGGCCCUGACGCCGCUGAUGGAGAGGUUCGAGAGCGAGUAUGGUACGCUGACGAGUCUGGCCAUGUUCUUCGGUCCCUUGACCACGUUGCCGGCUGUUCUAUAUAUCAUUUUGGAGAGGGGCGUACUCCGGAGCAACAACACGGUGAUGGGUGCAAGCAUAUGGGUUUUCCUCCUCCUUGGCGUCGAGGCCAUCCGGACGUACAAGACGAACCCGUACCUCGUCAUUGGCACUUACCAUGUCCCGACUUGGACCACACCCCUCGUCCUGACCCUGGUGACGGCGGCUCUGGUUCCCAGCAGCAGCUUGCUCGGCCAUCUCUGCGGAGUCGGUGUGGGCUACCUAUUCGGGCUGGGCUACCUCAAGUUCCUGGCUCCGCCGGAGAAGGCUCUGCGUUGGGUAGAAGGGCGCCUCAACCUCUUGGGGCGCCUUCCGCACUACGUGAGCGUGGACCAGAAGACAUACGGAAGGUUCGGGGUGCUGCCUACGACGGGUGGAGGAAGUUCUACGUUACCAGGCCUGGUUGGCAGCAGUCAGAGAUUAGGGCCGUAG